AUGUCUCGAGCCGAGGAUCGCUCGCCCCGUCUGCAGAAGGAAUUUGAGACUUCCCGCGAGAGCACUUGCUCUCCCCUGCGUACGACGUGCAUGCAUCGGCGAGCUCGCGCGCCGUUCAAGGUCGUGACCUUUGCUGACAUGGCACCCGACGGCGCACACAACGGUGGGGAUGCCCGCGCGUUGCAUAGCGACCUUCCAUGCGCCGCAAACUCAAAGAAAAUGGCCUGCGUUUCCUUCGUGCCCGACAGUGUGGACCCCGACGCUGCCGCGCACCUUCGACGGCAGAUUGCGCCGAGGUCGAUCCGUCUCGGGAACCUAGACGGUCCGCUCGGGGCCGUGUUCCUCGGGGAGGUCCCCCUGGCACUGAUGGUGACAGCGUCCCCGCGUCAGGCCAAGAUGGCGGAGGCGAACUGCACCUACGACCGGAGCGCCCGAGUCCCAAUGCAACGGUGA